AUGUCUUAUCUACACCAUAUUACUCAUUCUGGUCGCCAAUUUGCUCCAAAUCAAGAAAAGCACUAUCUUGAAACCCUUUCAGAUACUACUGAGAGUAGUGCAUCUUUUGGGACUGCUCCAGAUAGACCUCCUAUAUAUGAGGAGACUACUCAGUUUCAACAGUCUCAAGAACAUAUUUCUCAAAAUUUACGAGAAGAAAUUACUCAAGAAAUUUCUAAACUUCUUGAAAAAAUUUCAAAUUUAGAUAAAACUAUUGAAAAUUAUCAACUUCAUAGAGAAGCCACUGAAGUUGAUGUAAAAACUCAACAAUGGAAUCAAAAUGUUGAGCAUGUGGAAGAACCGUCUGGUUCAACCUGCAAUAAAGAAGCUUUUGAAACUUCCUUAUUACAAGUUGAACAAGACAAUCCUUCGGUGAAGAUAGAAGAAACUCCUGUGGAUCUUUGGACUCUUGUUUUUGUUCUGAUGGAGAUUCUUGUUGCUGCGGUUGAAUCUUUCGGAGGGAGAUGUGGUGAGGAUUUGUUAGAUGGCAAGAUUAGAAUAGAAGAUUUCUCUCUCAUCAAUGUCUGUUUGAUAGAGGAUAUCUUCUAUUCGUCGGAUAAUCGAAGGCUUUAUUGCUUCAAGGAGGCGAUAAAGCAAGGGUUGGAUGUUGACAAGAUAUCUGUUAGGAUAAGAUGGGAGGUUGUAGUGAGCCCUUCGUUAAGAAAUGGGAGGGUGAUUGAUGGUGAGGGCUACUGGGAAGCAAAUGAAUGUGAAGAACGAGAAAAGCAAAGACAAUAUGAUAAAGAAGAAAGACAAAAAGAGCGUGAAGAACAAGAAAAACGAGAAGUAAGAGAACGUGAAAAACGAGAAAAGCAGAGACAAUAUGAGCAAGAGGAAAGGCAAAAGGAUCGAGAAGAAAAACAAAAAAGAAAAAAUAAUAUGUAUUGCUUUAUUAUUUCUUGUAUUGUAUAUAUAAUCAGAAUACUUUAG